AUGGCGUCUCACGGCGGAAAGACGACGACGACGACGACCUUCUUGUCACGAACGGAUUUGCUUCUGACUCGGAGGAAGACUCGGACGACGAGGAGCAGGAUGAUAUGGACGUAGACGACUUUGCAGAGGAAGAAUUGGAUGAGGACGACGUCGACCAUGACGAUAUCGAGGACGACUCGGCGGAGGAGGAGGAGGACGAGAGUGAGGCUGAAACCGCACCGCCUGCCAAGGUCCAGAAAAAGACCACGUCUUCUUUCUCGAGACGGUAGGAAAAGGCAUAUGGGAGUGGAAACAGCUGCAGUGGCAGGAUUGGAAUUACUACUGCUGCAAAUGAUAUCAACAAAGUUGGCAUAGAAAAUGUGGACAUCAUGAUGCCUGCUUUGGUUU